AUGUCGUCACGUGCACUGCGCAGAGCCCAGAAGGAGCAGGAAGAGAAGGAACUGCAGGAGAGGCUCGCCCGGCUGGCACAGGAAGAGGAAGAGGAAGAGGAAGAGGAAGAGCCAGAAGAGGAAGUUGCGCCAAAACCGCCGUCAAAACAAAGUCUGUUUGCUAUGCUAGGAGAUGCGGGCGAUGAUGAAGACGGAGACGAGGAUGACGACGACGACGACCAAGAGCAGGACGAGCCAGCGCCAAAGCCUCUUGUCCAGAGCACACCCGCAGCCAAUCCCUCCAGGAAGAGCAAGAAGAAGAAGAAAAGAAGGGGCAAAAACAAGAGCAAGACCGCCACGCCACAGGCCGAUGCUGCCGACUCUGGACUCGACGAGAUAGACCAGGCUCUCCUCGCACUCAACCUCACCUCCAGCGGGAAAAAAGGCACUGACGAGCCUCUGACACCCGCCAUCAGCGAGGAAACCCAGCAGCUCUUCUCUGCCCUCAGCAUCGACACCACCCACCUCCACGCCGCCAACGAGAUGAAAAAGCUCUUCGGUCGCACCGCCCUUCAGCACGCCGACGACGACGAGCCACGCCAGCGCCAGCAGCAGGGCAUCGCCGCGCGCGUCGCUGGGCGCAAUCAACCCGGCUCUCGUCUCACAGGCCUCAGCUUACGGCGCAACAUCUUCGUCCAGGGCAAGGAAGAAUGGCCGCGCGCAACCUCGGGCGGCUUGGGCAUGGAGAUUGUCGAAAAGCGAGCAGACGGCUCGGUGGAGUACCGCUUCGUGCACAACACCUCCUACCAGGAAACCCAGCGACAAUUCGCCGUCUGCGUCGCCUCUAUGGAUCCCGAACGCAUGGUGCAAUUGCUCCACCACAACCCCUACCACAUCUCUACGCUCCUCCAAGUAUCCGAGAUAGCAAAGCAGCAGCGCGACAAUGCCUCGGCCUCCGACCUGCUGGAGCGCGCACUCUUCACCUUCGGACGCAGUGUACACUCGACCUUCUCGCAGAACCUCUCAGCCGGAAAGGCACGACUAUCCUUCUCCCGCCCGGAGAAUCGAGAAUUCUUCCUAGCCAUCUGGCGAUACAUGGUCACGCUCGGUGUGCGCGCAACAUGGCGCACCGCCCUAGAAUGGGCGCGGCUGCUCCUCUCCCUCAGCCCUGAACAGGACCCCUACUGCAUACGGCUGCUGAUCGACCGACUCGCACUGCGCGGCCGCGAACCCCAGGCUCUCAUCGACAUAGUCGAAAGCGACGUGCUAGAGCGCAGUUGGAAGGUCCCGCCCAACCUCGCCUUCAGCGUCGCCCUUGCCCACCUCCGCCUCAAAAACCCCGUCAAGGCGCGCUCCACGCUGAAAAAUGCCGUGCGCGAAUACCCCUGGCUCGCCGCCCGGCUGUGCAAGGAGCUCGACAUCACACCCAUCCCCAAGCCCGUCUGGGGGCGGGAACCACACUCGGACUACCAAGAGCUGCUGUGCAGCAUGUACACGCCGCGAGCCAAGGAUCUCUGGAACACAACCGAAGGCACCUCGCUGCUGGUCGAGAUGAGCUACAGCUUCGACGAGCCGCUGCCCGACGGCGCAGCGCCGUACUGGCUAGCGGCCAUGGACCAAGUCCAUCUCGCGCGCCACGUCAUCCUGACCGACGACCAGCGCCUCAUCGCGCUCCUCGACACCCGCGUCAAAGAACAGUACACCUCCGUCUCCGACCCCUUACCCCCGGCAGACAACGCGCCCAGCUACGACGCCGCCGCGACCAGCACCGCCCACCGCGGCGCCCACCACGCGACGCAGGACCGCGCAGCGCUGCUCUCCGACCUGGAAGAGCUGCGCCGCUACUUCCACAGCAUCGACAUCGAGGGUCUGAUCGGUGGGGGGCUGACCGAGGGGAAUCUCGUGCAGGCGCUGCGCGAAUGCGGGAGUAGUCUGGAUGAGUUUCGACGCAACAGCGAGCGCUUCCAGGACGUGAGGGCGCGGCUGCAGGAGGUCGGCGUCCAGGUUGUGUUUGAGGGUGCGGGGGCGCGUGAGGGGGGGAGUGAAGAUGACGUCGUCGACGACGACGACGACGAGGAAGAAGAAGAGGAGUAA